GUCAGCGCAAUUACGAAGCCAACCGUACCACACGCUUGCGCGCAAGCUGCCAUAAAGUGCAGUAUAACCGGGAUCUGUCAUUGCAAAUCGUCUCAAAAAUUAAGAUUGUAGUUGUGUUUCCAGUCAGUAUUCUUGUGUUAGGUUAAAAAUAUGUCGAAGCCCGAGCAAGUGCUGGUUAUCGAACCCCAAAACGAACUCAGAUUUAGAGGUCCAUUCAACAAUGCUGUCACAUCCUAUAUGAAACUCACCAAUCCAUCUGAAAAGAAAGUGUUGUUCAAAAUAAAGACAACAGCCCCUAAAAAAUACUGUGUGCGCCCCAACUCGGGUGUGUUGAACCCAAAUUCAACCAUAGAAAUUGCAAUUUGUUUGCAGCCGUUCGUGUUCGAUCCGGCGGAGAAGAACAAGCACAAGUUCAUGGUGCAGACUGUGUUCGCGCCGGAGGGCGAGAUCAACCUCGAGCAGCUGUGGAAGGAGAUCGGGUCCGACCAGCUGAUGGAUUCGAAGCUGAAGUGCGUGUUCGAGUUACCCGCCGAAAAUGAGACCCACGAGGAGCCGAACAAGGCCAGUCCGAAGCUCGACACGACCGCACAAUCCAAUUCAGAGGAGUCGGAACUCAAACGGGCGGCAGCUGAGAUUCAGAUGCUGAGAGAGGAAGAGAGCAUGUUGAGGAAGGAGAACUUGCGAUUACAGGAGAUGGUGUUGCAGUUGAAAGACAUGAAACAGACACCAUCACCGAAUAGAUACGCACCGCCUGCGCAACAGCCCCAGAAACUACCCUUGUCAAUGGAACAGAUGGCUAUUGCAAUUGUGCUAGGCAUCGUAGGAAUAAUAAUCGGCAAGUUUGUGCUCUGAGACCCCUACCUAAAGACUUAGUGUGCUGGCACCCGCGGUGUUAUUGCCCAAAACACACUCUAUUGUAUAUUUAUUAAAAUUUUACUUCAUUAUACUACUAUUGUAACAUAAAAAUAAAAAAAGAAUUGUGCAUACGCCACAUGGCAGUUUUAGUGGCCCAUUUAUUCUGUUAUAUGUGACUUGGUUGCCUCUCAAUUAUAAUGUAAUCUCUUAAACAACACUGAAUAACAAUGUCAUACAUAAUUUGAUUGCUUUGCUACUUUUUUACCAUACUAUCAUCUCAACAACGAUCUGAUUAAUAAAGCGAAACUCUUGUCAGGUCGAAAUUUCCCGCUUGUACACAAAAAUAAUACUUGCUCCAUGCUUACAAAGUAUGUGCAAGUGUCAUUUCUUUUUAAUAAAGGUUUUUUUAAAUAUUUAUAAUCACAAACUUAUUUGGCCUUCAAUUUGCAGAGUGUUUCAACUAAAAUCCUUGAUAUAUUAUUACAAAUUAGACUUGCGUUCUUUACUGUUUUGUAUAUAUUUAUUUCUGAAAUUGUGUGUUUGAAACAUUCUGUAGUGACUACACUUCUUUAGAUGUGCAAAAGUGUUUUAAUAAAUGGCAGUUUUACUUACUAUUGCCAUAAUUUGUGUUUUAAUUGUACUGUUUUAUGUUUCGUUUACAGCAAAAGUUUGAAUGUACAAAUAUUGAAUCAUAUAUUGUUUUUAUUGCCUGAACUCUUGCUGUAGACUAGUUAUUGUUAAUCAACUUUCCAACGAUUUUUCUUUUUACUCUCUUAUGAAUUAUAAGGAUGAAUGAAUAGCGUAGUUUUGAUUGUGAAUAUAACUUAAGCAGAUGUCUAUUGACAAAUAGGAAAGUAGAUUAACAUCGCAUUUUUUAUUUUUAAUUAGUACGUGGUAAUAAGUCUUAUUUUGUAAUGUUAGAAAGGGUCAAGAGCACUUGCCAAGGUUUAUCGAUAUUUAAACACGUAGAAGUCCGUAAAUAUAAUGCAUUUGAUUUAAACUACAUAGUAGAUAUAGUUGAUAUCAAUAUUCGUUUAUAUGAUGGUGCUGAGUUUCAUUCAGACAUGGAUAAAGUGCAGUUUAUCACAUUUUUUAUUCUAACAUCCAGAACUCAUCAUUGUGUUACCUCAGUCAGCAGCUAGUGGUCAGUUUUUCUAAAUCUUCUGUGCAAUACAACUUUUAUACCAGCUAAAAAUGUGAACAAAUUUCAUCGCGUGAAAAAUUGCAUUUUAUGUAUUAAUUUCCAUUUGUAAAUAAAAAGUUAGCAUAAAAAAAUUUUGUUUUGGUAAAUUGAAAACACUUGUAGAUUUAGAAAAAACAAUGAAUUUUAUUGUAGGAAGACUUGGCUUGGUGCGUUUGUUCAUAUGUAUUAUAUUUUAACACAUUGUAAUAUGUUAUAAGCUGUUAGCCUGGUAAGUGUAACUUCAAUAAACUAUACUUAAUUAUU